GACCCGUCCCCUCCGGCGCUGCCUAUUGCCCCGGUAACGGCAGGCGGCCGCCGCCAUCAGUCGCGCAGCGUCUCCGCAUCCCGCGGGAGACGGUGGCUUUCGGUCGGACUCUCCACUGCCUCCACGACCCUCUGUACGCACUACCAAGUGAGAAGGACCAUUCAGAGGCAAAUACCCACAUUGAGCUUGUCAGGGAGAAGUUGGUAAAAGUACCAAUUUUCACAAGUAUGCUUUGCUUCAUCCAUUUCCUGGGCAAUGAUCUGUGCUUGGAAGGCAAAGAUGCAGUGCCUCUGUUUAUUGACCAACGAUGGAGAGGGAGGAAUCAGCAGCGCCUGAAGGCUCUUCAGCAGCUUGCAGCAGGUCAAACUUCUCUUCAGACACCCCAAAUGGUGUAUGAAGAUCCUGAAGUUAAUGGAAGGAAUCGCUACAAAUAUUUUGUAAGCCCUCUUGUCCCUCCUAAUAAGCGGCUUCCACUAGAUGCUUCUUAUGUGAUUGAAAAGACAGAGACCACUGCCUAUUUAUCUACAAUGGACAGUGAUAUCUUUGGUCCCAAAAUACGAACUUUCGGCACACAGACUGAUUACAGGGAUGGUGAAGCCCAGACAGAUCCAUAUUCCCCUGAAUAUGUAGUUCGCAGUGGCUCAGUCCCCGAGCUUCUGAUGCUUGCUACUCUCACUUGGGGUCGGGGGCUCCCAGCAGGACUAGCUGAAGUGGAGAUGAUUGAACGUGCCCGGGAAAAACGUGCAUGGGAAGCAGCUCUUCCAGCCAUGGACAGUCCCUCAAACGUUGCAAAGAGGAUAAAAAUGAUGGAAGAAAUGGAGACGAAGGAAUGGGCUUUUAGAGAACAGGAAAUAGAAAAGUUGCAUGAAAUUCGACUGGAAGUCUUUAAGAAGUUGCUGCAGAGGCGAGAGGAGAAACAAAAUGAGCUGGAUGCCAAACGCUUGGAUUACCACUGGCAAAAUCAUCAGAAAGUUAAAGAAGAGAAAAUAAAACAGAUUCAGCAUGAUUUUGCACAGAUGCUCAGGAAACUGAUAGCUAAGAGCAAGAAUGUGAUGGGGAAGCUGGAGAGACGAGAUAUCAUCAAGGACUACACUAACUUUGCAUCACAAACAUAUGCUCCUUUGUCUAGGAUUGGUUAUUUCCCAGACAACCAUUCUGAACGCUACAUUGUAAAAAACUUCUACCUUAACACCUUUGCAGGAUUGUGCGAACUGGAAGCAGCUCUUCCAGAGUCCGUCACCCAGGCCAACAUUAAUGCUCCAAAGCCUAAAAUCAAAAUUACUGAGACAGGAUAUGUUAAAAGAGCAGCAAGGCUAGAAGUGGACCUGGCACUGGUUCACCAGGCGCUGUUGGAGAAGAAGAAUAAAGUCAAGGAGCCAAAGAAGCCUCUUCACUUCCUUCAAAAAAUAGAAAAGCCUGUCCCUCGUCCCCCCACUCCAAUUCUGGAAAAACCAUCAAUUGAAGAAGAGGAGAGAGAACUGGCAGUGAUCUGUUUGCAGAAAUUGCUCCGAGGCAGAGCUAUUCAGAACAAGAUGUUUGAAGAGAAGGAGAAGAGGUGGGAACUGAUCCAAGAGCUGCGCACCACUCAUGCACUUCAAGGGAAUGGACAGCUGCUUCUGAAGGAACAAGAGAGAAUGAUCCAGGCCUUACGGCAGCAGCAUGACUUGAAAAUGCACAAGCUGUCAUCAAUGGAAAGCAACUUGGCCCGGGAAGAAGGAAGGGUACUGGCAAACAUGUUUGAUUUCCUAACCAAAGAACUGCUGAGGCUGCAAGAAGAACGGAAGAUCCACGCUUUUGUCAUGCUGGCUGAGAGGACCAGGCGGAUGCGGGAAGCAGAGGAGAGUGGGCGCCGACAGUUGGAAGAGAAGCAGCGGCAGGAGGAAGAUGAGAUUUUCAGACAGGUGGUGAAAGUGCACCAGAGCACUGUUGACUCCUACCUGGAAGACAUUAUCCUGAGCAGCAUGGAGAACACGGCUGACGAGCAAGCAAGGGAAGAAGUUCAGAGGAUGGCUGAAGAAAUCAACGACAUUGCUUACGAACUGGAAAGAAGUCGAACUCACCUACAGUCAGAAGAGAUUGUAGCAGAGCUGGUUUACGCUUUCCUGAUCCCAGAGAUUGAGAAGAUGUCUAUGAGAGAAAAAGUGAGGCGGUCCCAGAGAAAACACAUCUACGCUGCUCAUCACAUCAUCCAUGGGAGCGUGGAAGAGUUAUUGGCCAAUCCAGCAUGGCACCAGGAGACGUCUGCUAGCAACAUCAGGGGAACUCCUCCUGCUGAGACAGCCAGCGCUGCUGUGGGCAGGGCAGCCAAUGGACAGACUGCAGCUGACAGCUCUCACUCUGCCCCAAGUCACACAGGAAGCAUGUAAACCUCAGCACGAAGAAAGCCCAUAGGAGCCAGCAGUGAGCCCUGCUGAUGGACCAGACAAGGAUGGCAUGGCCUCCUAGAGAUAUAAACACAGUGAGUUCCCCUUCCCCUCAGUGAUCUGAGCUCAGGGCAUAGGGAAGGAGAUAGAAGCACAUUACAUUUACUUUUUCUAAGGCAUCCAGAGUGCAACAUUCAUUAUUGGUCCCUUCAACCACCCACCAGCUAUGCUGCCCUAGAACCAAACAACAGUGUGACACUCCCAGUCCAGCCCCUGCACCCAACUACCACUGGACCUCAUUAGCUGAUUUUUCUCUUCUAAUUAUUAGAGAAACUCAAGUGAGAGACCACUGUUGGUAUUCUUGUUUGUAUUCCUGGUGCAGGCCAACAGUGAUCUGCACCUGAGCUAUUGAUGGAGCUUCCUUGUAUCGAUAACAAGGAAUCACAAAAUACUCCAGCAGUGGGAUGUAUUGAGGUGAGCCCCUAAGCACAGCUGUUCUCAAGCACACCCCACUGCUUGACUUAAGGGAGUAAAGCAGAGAGCAGGUGAUUGUAUCAACACCACCACUAACUGGCAUUGCAGUCGAAUGCAACUCCCCUUUGAUGAGCUGCUAAUGAUGCCAGACUUUGCACCAUCUUUUCAUGUCAUGCACUUAGGAAAGGCACCUUUGACCUCAGCAGAGUGGCUUCUACCAGCCAGGCAGCCUAUAUCACUAACAACCAGAACUGGGCGUUGUGCUUUUUCUCACCCUGAUAGACACCACUUCUAUAUGGUACCUUAUUUCUUAGGACAGCAUUACUCACUCUGCCCUUCGUCUCUGAAAGGGAUGCAGGAAGAAUGUUGGCACAUCCUGUUGUGCAGGCAGGGGGUGCUGAGGCUCAGGAUGCCAGCAGGCUGCAGGCUCAUACACAGUGCAUCCGAGCAGGGAGCUGUCAGCUCUCCAGCACUCACCUGUCAAAACUCCCCAGGUCUCCAGGUUUAGCAUCUCAAAAGUACAUUUACACCAAUCUCAACAUCAAACUCAGGCACAGCCAUGACCAAACACCUCAAAUGCUUACUUACCAUCCCACUAGUUAUAACUUACUCAGCAGGUAACAGUAAUAGCUCUUGGUGCCAACUGUAUAGUUGGAAUAAUACAAGUGUAUAGUUGUAAUUACAGGGUAAAUGAAUAGCCAGAGAAAUCUAAGAAGAGACUCACCAGUGCUGAGGCCUUCAGUUGUGAUGGAUGCUCACCAAUGUUGAGACUCACAACAAAAACUCCACACAAAAGCAACCUCCAAAAAGAGAUGCCACCUCAGUGGUGAUCAGCCCUUAAAUGGGAUCUAGAAGUGGAAUCAAGCUCCACCCCUUCUGGUAGCACAGCUGAAUUACCUUCACCUGUGCUCCCACAGCUGACCCAUCACUUGCCUCAGAUGGUUAAUCAGAGGUUCAGGCUGUGAUCAACAGUUUCCUUUACACCAAUGCAUUUAGGCUGAAAUCUGUGUACUUCCAGCACCGUGGAAGUAUUUCAUGGACUGAAGGAGAUAAGCAGCAGAUAGAAGAGAGACAGAAAAGCAAAUGGAGUACCCCUGUAGUCCACUGAGCUGCUUAAGAGGACUGGAGAGGGGACACUGCCACACCACAAUGCCAUUUCCAGGCUGAAGGGGAGGCUGGCAGCCUCUGUAAUGCUGCAGAGUCUGGCAGGAGUCAAGGCUGGGUGAUGGGUUUUGGUGAGGAUGCAGUGAGGAUGAGUGUGGCAGGGCUUAGGGACUG